GGAUUCAAAAAUACUGUAUUGUGAUUCCACACACAUCAUCAAUAUAACGGACGGGACGCAAUCCUUCCCGGGGAUAACACAACCGCUACUAUCAAGCAGCUUGGGUAUUCGAAGCAGCGCAUUGUUCCACUUCCCGUCUUGUACCCAGCUUGCACKGAGGCAUCCAAACACCACCGCAUCACCGAUCCCGCUGCAUAACAAGCACGUCGCAUCGUAUCUGGCAUUCCGUGCUCUUUCGGUCGACAAACACAACUUAGCGUUCACAUCAAUACAUUUCAAGACAAUAGUAUCACAAUAUACAACACGACACACAAGCAGCAAGCAUGGACGAUCUAACCUCGAUCCCCUGGUGGCAGAAAAACGGCAACGACGAAGACCUCAUGCGCGGGGAMUACGACGACGCAGGCGACGACGACAUUUUGAGCACGGAGCAGCCUGUCUACGCGAGAGAGGGUGAUUUCCACCGGGAGCGAAGAAAGCAGAACCAGAACGAAUACGAAUACGACUACGAAUACAAGAACCAGCGCCAUUCGAAAGCAGGAGCGAUCCACACCACCGCUGAGACGAACCCGCGGCGCACCACUGGAUCCAGAAACGAGCGAUUCGUUUCGGAGGAUCCCAGUGCCAACCGCAGGUCCGAUGCCAACGCCAGUUCUACGAAGAACGCUUCCACGAGACGGAAGCAAUCCGUUUCGAGAACAAAGAGCGGAAACGCGUUGCGUGGCGGGAACGCCUCCCCGGAACAAGCCCCGGAACCGGAGCGACCCCCUCCGGCGAAACGAACGUCUUCUUCCUCCUCUGCUCGGCGGCAUUCCGGCGACAAGAGCGACAAACGCAGCAGCAACGGCGACAAGAUCCGCAAGCAGGUCCGGUGGAUCUGUAGCUCGUGCACCUUUGUCAACGCCAGGAACUGCAGGGUCUCCUGCACCAAAUCCACGAUCCUCACGUGCGAGGUGUGCUCGGUCCCGUACGUGCUUCCCGCGGCCGCGGCCAGGAGCAGCGGCGACGUCCACGAUGCCCGGUCGAUCACGGAACAGCAGGCACCGCAGCACGCCGAGGACCGAACUCGCCGGAACAGCAGCAGCAGCCUGCCACAAGCAAACACCAAGAACGACACCGCGAGGCGCCAAAAAGACAGCCAAUCGCGCCACUCAAAGGGAGACAACUCGGACAGCACGUCCUCGACCGGGGCAUCCACCAGCAAGAGCAAUGGGAACAACAGAACCUACUCGAUCUCGGAACUCGUGCGGUGUCUCGGGGCCACGGGGGAAGACGGAUCAUCCUCGGUCUCGAACCUCCCGCCGUCGCUGGAGCGGAGGGUCCAGGACUUUCGUUUUGCGCAGCAAAAGCGACGAGAAAAACACGGCGAUCAGAAGGCAUGGGGGAUUUACGGCCUCUAUGCUCACCUGUCGGACAUUCGGGCCGAUCUGGAAUGGGCCGAGGACGCCGCCUGGCGCCGCCGUAGGAGCAAGCCCUAUCUGUCCUGGAAGGACUUUGACGCGGCCCGCGACAAGGGCGCCCACAGCCGGCCCUACUUCACCUAUGGGGUCAUGGUUUUGUGUACCGUGAUGAUGCUCGUGACCCUUGGCGUCAACGGGUGGAAGUUCGAGCCACUCACCGUCAAUCCACUGAUCGGGCCCUCCUCGGAAACCCUCAUUGCCUGCGGGGCCCGGGACACGAACCUGAUUGUGAACGAGAACCAGUGGUUUCGUCUUUUUACCCCCAUGGUCCUGCACGCUGGACUGGUGCACUACUUUGUCAACAUGCUGGCGAUGUAUUUCAUUGGCGGGGCCGUCGAAAAGGCGCACGGGGCCGCCUUUACCUCGGUCUUGUUUGUGAUUCCGGCUGUGGGGGGGAAUAUUCUGAGCGCCAUUUGCCUCCCGGGGUUUAUCAGCGUGGGGGCAUCGGGCGGAAUCUUUGGCCUGAUCGGGGGUUGCAUGGCCGACAUUUGCCUCAACUGGAACCUGCUCUUUUUGAAAACCACCACGGACGAAGAUUCCCGGCUGAGGCACCUUUGCGUCCUGCUGUGGCUUGCAGUGGACAUUAUCGUCAAUUGCAUCCUGGGCUUUACCCCAUUUGUCGACAACUUUACCCACCUGGGCGGGUUUCUGUACGGCUUUUGCAUCGGCUAUGCCUCGAUCGAGCGGCUGGCCACGGGGUUUUUUGGGAUCCGGAUCGGGGACUCGCACUGGUCCAGGCUCAAGAGCGUGGGUCUUCGCUAUUUCGGGCUGGUCCUGAGCGUGGUGACGAUUUUCGCCACGACCAUUGUCCUGGCACAGUCGGACGGACUGACGAGUCCCUGCCACCGGUGCCGGUACAUCUCCUGUGUUCCCUUUCCGUUUGGUGCCGAGCGGGACAAGUGGUGGCACUGCGACGACUGCGACAUUGUGACGGCGGACCUCUUUGUGGCCACGGACGGCUCGGGCCUCUACCAGCAGGUCGACAUCCACUGCCCGAACGGCGAGACGGUGGAGGUCCCGAUCUGGGACGAGGGCAUUUACGACACGGAGGUCCUCCGCAGGAAGCUCCCGUCGUACUGCCGGGGAUUUUGUGCCGAGGUCUUUGCGCACUGAGAUCAGCGGAGGACGGGCGGGCGGGGACUUGCCAGGGGUUCUGCAACACAUACGCACGCACGCACACACACACACAAACACACACACACACAAAACCGAUUAACUGUAGAACCGUGUAUCUUUCCAAUCCAGCCUCUGUGAAACUAUGUUUAGUGUUACGAAUGAAUGCGAAAAAGAGAUUGGUCGUAUCGUUUUCGGUCCGUAUGACCCUCCUUCCUUUGGUGCAACCGGCACACGGCACUAUUGUUGCUCCUGCGAUGAGGUGKGCUCUGGCUACAGUGCGAACACCGAACAACCUUCCUGUUUGCACCUAGGCUACGAGUGGGGUUGCAACAAGCUCAAUUUUUGGGAAAUUCGAAUGCCAAUCCAGCAAAACGGCACUUUUCGAACCGAUUGUUUGUUUAUUCUGUGUUUGGUAGCACCAUUGGGAAUUGUUCGAACGGAGCCUUUGUUUGGCAUGAGAAUGUGAAAACACUGUUUGCAAACCCGAUUUCUGGACACACGGUGGCCGAGAGCAAUUCCUUUUUCGGGCCAUUGUUUGCAUUGUGCCAAUUUUUAUUGUUCUUUUCUUGUACUGUACAUGGUACUUGGAAAGAGUGAUUAUUCUUUCAUCUGGCUAGUAUUGUUCUGAGAAUAUUCCUGUAUGGUCAUCGUCUGUCACUACGAGACAAGCGAAGUAAUCUUGAUUGGAAGAUAAGGAUAGAUUGCCAUGUGCAAAUUUAUUCUUUGUCAGCUUGACGGACAGAAAUGUAAGCAGCAUAUUUUUGGUGAGUAGACGUUCAUUGCCAUUCCUUGUUCCCCCUUCAAGAUCUAUGAACCUUACUACUAGCAAAAGUAGUAAACCAGCAUUCCUCUGAAUACAAGCAUCUUGCUGGUGAGCCUCACCAGUUGCUUUCCAGAGGUGUGCUUCCUCAACACCAUCAUAUUUUGCUUGCUUAACCUACUCCUGCUCAAUCAUGCAUUGACCCUACUAAUACUAGUACCACUAGUACACUAGACCCACCACCACCAGGUUUUCUUCAUGUUUCCACCAUGACAUCCACCACCAUUGAAGGAAAGGACUGCUGCCUGUGGGCUUCCACUAUUUCAAGCUGCUCGUAUAUGAAGAAACUACUUGUCUUGAGUUUUGUAUCUUAAAUGAUAUUAAUCCAGGUCACCAGCAGCAUCAAUACAGAUCAUUGUUAUCCUCCUCUUCUUCUGCUCUGCCAGUAGCAGUGUCAUCACUGCUAGUACUACUACUAGUAGUAUAGUACUAUAAGUCUAUUACUACUACUACUGGUACACUUCUGCUUAUGAUCACCAAGUGGUUUUUGAAUCCAAAUUCAAAUACUAAUAGUAKUAGUAGUACUACUAGCUAGUGGAGGAGUUGGCAAAUCCACAUACUACUAGCUAGUACUACUACCAGUAGUACUACUAGUGGAGGAGUUGCCAUCAAUGUUAGUAGUAAUUGUAGUAGAAGGGGGGGGACUUCAUCUGGAUUUGGCUUCUCAUAAUAGUAGUGCUCUGCAAUAAGAUUCUUAAAGUGAU